AUGCCUACUAUCGUGCUCACACAUUUCAACAUCAUCACUGCUGUACUAGGCGGCUUCAUCACGGUAUUUGGCCUCGUUUCUUAUCUUUUCAAGGAACGAUUUUAUCUCUCCGAAGCUCUGAUCUCUCUAGUGGCUGGCAUCACUUUCGGUCCUCACGCCACAAACUUGAUCCGACCUGUGGAAUAUGCCCUUGGCAGCGAGGAAAAUCUUACCUACAUCACGUUGUACUUCUCUCGUCUCGUUCUGGGUGUACAGCUUGUUCUUGCUGGAGUUCAAUUACCAAGCAGGUAUCUCUUGCGAGAAUGGAAAACCUUGUCUCUCUUGCUAGGUCCAGUUAUGGUUGCCAUGUGGCUGUGUGCCAGCCUACUCAUCUUCGCCAUGGUCCCUAAUCUUCCAUUCCUGCAUGCAUUGGCAUGUGGCGCGUGUGUCACACCCACGGAUCCAGUUCUUUCGAAUUCGAUCGUCAAAGGCAAGUUUGCAGAUAAAAAUAUUCCAAAGGAUUUGCAGAAGAUCAUCAUUGCAGAAUCUGGUGCCAACGAUGGACUGGGAUAUCCUUUCCUCUUCCUGGCCUUGUAUCUGAUCAAGUAUAACGGUGAUGGCGGUCUAGGGCAAACAGGCAGCACAGGUAAAGCCAUCGGUUAUUGGUUCGGAGAGACGUGGGGAUACACCAUCGUCCUGAGCAUUAUUUAUGGUAUUACUGUUGGCUGGAUAGCCAAGGAGCUUCUUCAUUUCGCAGAAGAUCACAGAUUUGUCGAUCGAGAGAGCUUCUUGGUCUUUGCAAUCACCUUGGCGCUCUUCAUUACCGGGACGUGUGGCAUGAUCGGAUCUGACGACGUCCUGGCAUGCUUCGUGGCCGGCAAUGUCUUUACCUGGGAUGACUGGUUCCGACUCGAGACCCUCGAUGAUUCGUUGCAACCCACCAUCGACAUGCUGCUGAAUGUCUCCGUCUUCAUCUGGUAUGGCGCUGUCUGCCCUUGGGUGUCCUUCAGGGUCAACGAUGUGAUACCGCUCUAUAGACUGGUCUUCCUCGGAGUAUUGAUUCUUCUGUUCCGCCGGAUACCCACUAUCUUGAUACUGCACAAGAAGAUUUGGCAGAUCGAACACCUUCGACAAGCGCUCUUUGUUGGAUUUUUCGGACCAAUCGGAGUCUCGGCUAUUUUCUAUCUCUAUGUCAGUAUCGACUUUCUAGAGCAAGUGACAUAUCAUGGCGAGGUAAGGGAGGAUGCUGCGAGGCUGAAGGAUGUUAUGAUGGUCGUGAUCUGGUUCCUUGCCAUCUGCAGUAUUGUAGUGCAUGGUCUAUCAGUUCCUGUCGGAAAGCUUGGCUACCACAUUCCCCGAUCAAUAUCAUUGGCAUUGAGCGCAAGCACGGAGAACACAGAAUCUCGAAACAUUGAUCUCCGAGACUACUCGGGUUCUGCAUCUCGACACCAACCCGGUAGGCUCCAGCAGCAGCGAGAUCCUCAAGAUCCACCUCCUAAAAUAGCUUUCAGAUUGAGAGGUUCGAAAGUGAUGCCAAAGAAUGACAACGAUUUGCAGGGCCCUACUGGUGAGCCGAGCAGGCCGAUUAACUUUGUCAGCACAUUGAGUACACAGCAAAAUACUCCUGCAGAGAGCCUCAGCCAACCAGACCGAAGUCUUACAGAGAAAGAGAACGAGCAGUUGUGUCACAUGAAGAGCGGCGAGAGGGUAGAUCAGGUGACACCGCCAACGCAGGAAGAGACUGAGCGAGAUCUGCCAAUUUGA